UGUACAACACGGUGUCCGUGGUGGACGGCCUGACUGACCGCUGGCCUGGCUCUGCGGGGGCUGUCCCGAGCGAGGCUCCACUGACCGUUCUGAGGAAAGACUUGGAGGCGCUGAGCGCGCUGUUCCGGGUGUUCGUGGAGCUGCCGGCAGCGCGGCGCUCGGCCUUGUUCCGGGCCGUGAGCGAGGUCCUGGCGGAGAAGGAGGUGGUGUCCGUGGUGGGGAGCGCGCUCGAGCAGCUGUGCCGAGGGGAGCAGCCCGCGCUGGCAGACCUGGCGGAGCUGCAGCCUUCCCAGAGACGGACAGCCCAAGCCCUGCUGGCAGAGAUGGGGCACGAGGAGGGGGAGGAGACGGGCGCCCAGCCAGCCCCCCGUCUCCUCUCCGCCACUCACGCGCUGCUCAGCGCGGCCGACGAGAUGCCUGAUGCUGGUCUAGCGGCGCUGAGCUGCUGCUGUAACCCCGAGACCCUGCUGGCUGUGGAGUGCUUGCUCCGCAGCUUCCUGAGCGGAGGGGAGGCCUGCCUGGGCGACGGGGCCUUGUCCGCCCUGACCGACGAGGAGACCCUCCGGACCGUCGAGCUGCUGUUCUCCUCCUGCAGCAUCGCCCUCCAGAGGGGGCCGGCGGCGCUCGUGGCCUCGACCGGGCAGCAGCCGGGCUUCCUGCCUUUGGCCCUGAGCGCCGCCGUGACGGGCCUGGCUGCCCUGGGCGCGGAGCGCGGCUGAGCGCCGGGCUGCUCCGGGUGCGAUCAGCUCAGCUGCGCGGGGGUCCCGAGACCCACAGGCUGCCCGACGAGAGCCGGCUCCUUCUCGCUGCUGAAACUCGCAGUGCUGACGGGGAGAGUGCCGGCACAAACAGAGCCCUCUGCUGGGCUGGUGUCAUAUUGCAGCAACACCAGAAUCACCUUCCUUUUCUAACAGCUUGUCUUUUGAAGCCGCUUCGUGUGUCCUGUGAAAUAAGUUUGCAGCAGUUCAAGACUCUUCUUACACGAACAGAGAGCACAAGACAGCACUUUUAUUUUCUUUCCUAACUGCUUUACUCCCUCUCCUUAGAAUUGCACCUUUUAUUGUUUAAGCAAGCGUGUUUUUUUUUUUUAAAAAAGCUUCAGUUUGUAUUGACGUGACAAGGCAUAUCCCAGUAUCAUUCGGCAGUGUGAAAGCGUCCUGUACAGCGUUGCUGGGGGGAAUUACACUUCGAUUAGUCUUCCCUGCGAUCUCUAGAUGGGCUGUGGCUGCCCAGAAUGUCUUCUAGCAGAGCUGUACGGGGGGAGGGUGUG